AUGAUACGGCCCAGAUGAGUGAGUCGCGAGUUAACUCUAGCUGACUCCCGAUUCCUCUCUUUUCUGGCGAUUUUUUUCUUCGAGUGCCAACGAAUUCGACCGACUUAUCCCAUCACGAUCGUCCAUUGGAUGGACUUUGACCAACAUGUCGACCCUCAUCGGGAUCCGUGAUGGCGCCUCCAUUGGCGCGGCGACGGCAGCCCUCGUUUCCGACGGACUAUACUCUCCGGCGAAGGAGAAAGCCGCGAGCAGAGCCGCAUACAUCGGCCGCUCCCCUCUCUCCCUUCGCCGAGCUCGCCAGCUGGUUGGCGCCUCAAAAGCGAAACUCUUUCUCGCUUUCUGCGGGCUAUGCGUCGUCGUUUUCCUCUCUUCCAGGAUUACCUCCUUCAUGGGCUGGAAUCCUCACGAUUCAUCUUCCGUCCUCUCUCCUUCGAGAGGUGGUUACACAGUGUUAAUCAACACGUGGAAGAGAAACUCGCUUCUUAAGAAGUCUGUAGCUCAUUACGCUUCCUGCAGAGGUACUAACGCCAUACAUGUGGUAUGGAGUGAGAGUGAUCCACCAUCAACGAGUCUAAAAUCUUGUCUCGAGGACAUCGUCUUGUCAAAAUCACAGACAGCUCGAAAACCUAACUUUAGGUUCGACAUAAAUGAGGAAGACAAUUUGAACAACAGGUUCAAGCCUGUUGCCGACAUCAUGACCGAUGCUAUUUUCUCGGUAGACGAUGAUGUUAUAGUUCCUUGUUGUACUUUGGAUUUCGCUUUUGGUGUGUGGCAGAGUGCUCCCUCGGCGAUGGUGGGAUUUGUUCCUCGAAUGCAUUGGCUGGAUCAUGAGAAGAAUGGUAUUGCUUAUUAUAAAUAUGGAGGAUGGUGGUCUGUUUGGUGGACAGGCACCUACAGUAUGGUUCUUUCGAAAGCAGCUUUCUUCCAUGAGAAGUACUUGGACAUGUAUACCAAUGAAAUGCCUUCGUCAAUACGUGAUUAUAUAACUAGGGAGAGAAAUUGUGAGGAUAUAGCAAUGUCUCUGCUUGUUGCCAAUGCCACAUCUGCUCCUCCAAUCUGGGUAAAAGGGAAAAUUCACGAGAUUGGAUCAUCUGGCAUAAGCAGCUUGAAAGGGCAUGGUGCGGCUAGAGAAAAAUGUCUUAAUGAUUUCAUUUCGCUCUAUGGGAACAUGCCUCUUAUAUCAAGCAACGUAAAAGCCGUGGAUGCGAGACAAGAAUGGUUCUGGUAACACGUUUCUCAAUUUACGUGAUACCUGCACUGACUGUUCGAAUUCACCAGUCACAAUUUAGUUAAUCAGUCAGCUAUCUCUGUAUUCUUAUAGGACGGGUAAACAUAUUUUUAAGAUGUAGAUGGUGUUGAAAAUUUCUUGAUUUGUUUGGUUUUUUAUACCAUAAAAAUUAUGCGUACGUAUCCUAGAACAAGUUGGAAGAUAGAUAAAAAGUGAUGUUUGACUAAAAACAAGUUGUAUUAUGCGUUGAGAUAUUCUAAUAUACACCACUAAUAGGUAGGGGGAUGGUUAAUGUCACUGAGGCUGCUCCGUGCGACGAGGGAGAGGCCGAGGUACUCUUGACAGCUGGAGAUGUAAUUUUUGAAGGAGGUGUAUAUUCUUUAGUAAUUAAAAUAGAUGUAAAUUUAGAAAUAAAA